ACCUCCUCGGCGCCGCGGCAUGCGGCUGUGGUGCACACGCACCGGGUUUUGUCAGAAGGUGUUUGCGCACCACGGGGCCAUGAGUGUGGCGUUCGACCCGAAGGGCUGCUACUUUGCCAGCGCCUCCAACGAUAAUGUGGCGCGCGUGUGGAGAGUGGAUCCCGCAGAGCACUUUGUGAGUUUCUUCGGUCACUUGGCACGAUUGGAGGUGUGCCUUUUCCAUCCGAAUGGAAAGUACCUGGCCACUGGAUCGGCAGACGCCACCGCCAGAAUCUGGGACUGCGAGAAACGCACUCAAAUGCGACUCUUCCGCGGCCACAAGGCCCCCAUCACUGCCAUGGCGUACUCCGUAUGCGGGCGCUACCUGGUCUCUGGUGGCCGAGAUGACCUGAUCAUUGUCUGGGACACAACCACCGAGCGAAUAACCUGCAGCCUGACCCAGCCCAACGCAAAGAUUGCCUCGAUCGAUUUCUCCUACUGCAACAAUCUGCUGGUUGUUUGGAGCCAGGACUGCCAUCUGAGCCCUUGGGAGUUUCAGCUGCUCGUCAAGUGCCCCGAGAAGAAGGUUUUGUCCACCCAAAGCACCAAAGCAAGUGAGCUGGCGCUAAUCAGCACGAUUCAGGCCUGUAAAAAUGGAAUUUUCCUUCAAAGUGGGUUCGUCGGUCGCGAUGCCCUGAUUGUCAUCUGGACGAUGAGUUCUCAGAAGGUAAUAGAGUUAAGCCCGAAAGCAGCCGAGAAGAAGACUGCCCUUGUGAAAGCUCUUGAAACUUGUACUUUGAAUGUUGAGAAAUGAUGAGAUUGAUGCAGAAAUAGCUUCUCGGACCCAGGCGCUGAGGCGAGUCAUCGAUGGAAAGCACCGUCGAGUCCAUGAAUAUACAUUCGAUUCAUUUAUAUAAACGUAAACAUACACAGCCCAAACUUCAAACAUUAAAACUAACCAUUCGGAUCCCACUCAUUGUUUGAGCUAAUAUAUAUCAAUGAUUCCGGCAUUCCCUGAGUGGCCCCAAAAGACUAUUUUAAAUAUCGUAGACAAGUGCUAAAAGUGGUUCGCGGUUGCAUUCAACUGUUUUGUGGUCUGGCUUCCAGCCCACCCACGCGAAUGCACAACAAAUGGAGCAACAAUUUAUGGACCGGCACAAACCCUCUGAAAGACGAACCGAAUGAAUUAAGUAAAAUUUCCAUUUCGAAAAAUUACUGAUUAAUUACUAUCUUGCAGACAUUGAAUUUUGUGUUUGGGACAAUUGGAAAUGGCUUUGUUUAUGAUCAUCCAUUGAGGGCUCAGCACACAUACAUAUGUAGGAACAUGUGCAUAAUUGAUUAUAGAUAUGUAUAUAUAUACUACAAUAUGUGAGAAUUAGGGACCGCAGCAGCUGGAACCUCAAAAAAAGGAAUCCAAGGAAUGAAUGUGUAAUAUUUCAAUCUAAGCAGUUAAGUGAUGUCCAGACACAGUGUCUUUCUUUUCCCUUCCCUACUCAUAUUACAGAAAUGAUAGCAAGACAAUCUUUGUAAAAUAUACACCAUAUGGUAUACCGUGAAAAGAAGGGGAUUGAA